AUGCAAACAUCUCCAAUCCUCUUUGUCUUCAAUCCAUCCUCUCCUCUUCCUCCUAGUCUCUUCCAUCUCUCAUCCACCAAAUACCAACACGAAAUGCCUUCUGAAUUCCCUUUGUUUCAUCUACCAAUGCUUAUUAUGAAACGAAUUCUCAAAUUGGUAACUCCAUUUGAAUUAGUUGCCAUUUCACUAUGCAGUAAGAAAAGUAAAAUGAUCUGUAAGUCAACACGGAGUCAACUACAAUGUUAUAAGUCGACAAGAGAAUUCGUAUUGAAGUUUUCAUCCAAUAAUGAGAUUCGUUUGAAGUUUGAUUAUUACCCGAAAACUGAAUGGGUUUUCAAAAUAAGCACUCCACCUCGAAGAAAUUUUCUACAAAAGUUUCUUUCAAUGUUUCCAAAAAACGAACAAAAAAGCCCAAAACCUGGUUACAUAGAAGUGCCUAUACUUAACUGGGUACCAAUGGAAAACGAAUCAAUAUCCGAGAUGUCUAUCCAGUUAUUCACGUCACAAGAAGGUCAAACGGCAACUAUGUACACAUUCAUCCUCCACCUAUCUGAUGUUUUCAACGUGCCAUUGCUCACUAUUGAACUACAUUUCCAAGAAUUCACAAGAGUGGAAAACGAAGACAUUAUUGAGUUUUAUUGUCGUAAUCGUGGAACGGAACGAGCUGUAGAAUCAUUGAGAUUGGUUGGAAAGCGUUUGAAUACACCAGAAGAUGAUAAAGUCGUUGAUUCAAUUCUCUGCCGCCAAGAAGCUCGAUACAAGCUCCAGCUCCUAUUGGAACCUACUCCGGAGUUCAAAUUCAACCCUAUUUAUAUGCAACGCAAUCCAAUUUAUUUUGAAGCUCAUCACUCUCAUUGGAUUAUUUUUGAACAGAUCCUCAAAUGUAAAUCAUCUAUUAUUCGUCUAUCAAAUUCAAUUUUAAACAAAACUCAUUUCAAAUGGUUUAUCGAAAGUUGGAACGAUGGAUGGAUACCACCAUGGAAAAUGAUAAUAACAGAUUAUUGUGAAGAUAUUGAUAUUGAUGAAUGUUUCGAUUCAUUAAGACUCAUGGAAAGAUUUGAAACUGCAACUCCGACUACCAUUGCCAUUGAAGAAGCGAGAACUCCACCGACAAGAGGAUCAGGAAUGGUGGAGAGAAGGGCUCCGAUCUUGGUGAGAAGUCCGAGAACGAUGAGGAAGAGGCCAGCCAUAACCAUCGUCCAUCUGGAUGCCACUCGAGUUACUCCAAUCACUCCGAUGUUUUCGGUGUGA